ACAGACACAGUAGGUCAAAGGUCACCACUUCUCUAAUCUCUUCUCCUUCUCGAUUCCACUUUCACUAUAAUUUUUUGUUUCUCUCUGUAUUUUCGUUUCCCAAUUCCCAUCCUCUCUUAUUAGCCAUACUGAAAUUAAGGGAUAGUCUAUCUUGAUCAUGGGUUUCAAUUCGGUCUAUAGAUGCUUGCAGGAUAUAUUUCCACAGGUUGAUGUCAGGUUACUGAGGGCUGUGGCUAUUGAACACCCAAAGGAUGCUGAUCAAGCUGCUGAAAUUAUUCUCACUGAAGUCAUCCCAUUCAUGUCCAAUAAAUCACCUCAUAUGACCCCUCCACAGGAUAAGAGCCCAGGAGCCCCAGUGAUUGUAGAAGUUGAAAGUGAUGAGGAAGGGGAUAGGUUGAGGCAUCGUCAGCUUGUUGAAGAUGCAGAUGUGGGGUCUUCUUCUGCUCCACAUUCUAGGGUACAUGUGCUAUCACCCCCCAUCCAACAAUCUGUAGAAGUGAUCAAAACGGCCGAUUGUUCUUUUGGACCAGAUCUGAAUGUGGCUCUGGAUGAGCCUACACUGUCAAAUGCCAGUAAUUCAAAGGAUGGUACCAAUAAAUUUCCUGAAAUGAAUGAAAUUGAGGAGCUAAAUAUUUUUCACAAUGCUGAAGAUAACUUCACUGGAGAGAUCUCAAACAAGAUUGAUCAGGAGACAUCAAAUGGUUUUAGGCAGGAAGUUAGUGAAAAUUUCGAUCAAGGACGACUUCAUGUGGAUGUUGGUGGUGAAAAUAUGAUUUCUUCUGGUAUAUGUCAAGAGAUGGAACCUGAGACAAAUUACCUUGACAAGGAGGUUGCUUCCAUUAAUAACAAUGGCAAAGGCAAUAGAAGUAUAAACAAUCUGAGUGAAGAGUGGGCAGAUUUUAUAGGUUCUUCAGCUGAUGACUAUGAUGCCACUAUCUGUGAUAAAAGUCACAGAUUGGAAAAAUGUGAAACUGCCUUGAUUGAGGUUGAAGGUUCUGAGGCUCAAGCAGUUUGUCAUGUUCAAGGGCAUACACCAAAUGCUGAAGAUAGUUUUCAAUCAGAAUUGAAUGCUGUUCCUUCUAUUGCUGUUGUUGGUGAAACUAGUGAUGUUGAAGACGAGAUUGGUGGGAAUAAUGCAUUUAGCCAAUGUAAUCAAGUAUGCAGGAUUGAUCUGCUUGAGGAGAUAAUCGAUGAAGCAAAAACUAACAAGAAAAUCUUGUUUUCAUCUGUGGAAUCUCUUAUCAACUUAAUGAAAGAAGUGGAACUCCAGGAGAAAGCUGCUGAGCAGGCCAAUAUGGAAGCUGGUAAAGGAGGGUCUAAUAUUCUCGUUAGGGCAGAAGAGUAUAAAACAAUGUUGGUGCAUGCUAAAGAAGCAAAUGACAUGCAUGCAGGAGAAGUUUAUGGAGAAAAAGCAAUUCUGGCAACUGAACUGAAAGAACUUCAAUCUCGUCUGCUCGGCUUGUCUGAUGAAAGGGAUAAGUCUCUUGCAAUUCUUGAGGAGAUGCACCAAAUUCUUGAAACACGAUUAGCUGCAGCAGAAGAAGUGAGGAAAGCAGCUGAGCAUGAAAAAUUGGGAAAGGAGGAAUCUGCACGAAAGGCUCUUGCUGAACAGGAAGCUUUGGUGGAGCAGGUAGUACAUGAGUCAGCAAGACUACAGCAGGAAGCAGAAGAGAAUUCAAAGUUACGGGAGUUCCUGAUGGACCGUGGGCAGGUUGUUGAUAUGUUGCAGGGAGAAAUUUCUGUUAUUUGUCAGGAUAUUAGACUUCUUAAAGAGAAAUUUGAUGCAAAUCUUCCAUUGAGUAAAUCCUUCACCUCAAGCCAGACUAGUUGUAUCUUGGCUUCUUCAGGUUCAUCCCACAAAACCUUGGUGGCAUCUGAUGUGGGUUCUGAGCAUAGUGAUUCAUCUGAAAUACUUAAGAGCAGCCGAGCAGCCGAAAUUGAAGGCCUUUCUUCCAAAAGUGGGCAUGAGGAGGAAAGAUCACAAGCUGAUAACAAUGCUCUUCUUGAUGAUGGGUGGGAUAUUUUCGAGAAAGAUGAAUUUCGGAGUUUAAUAACUUUUUGAUAUGCUCGAAGGGGGAAAAAAAGAGAGUUCGAGGUAUUGUUUAUACAAUAAAAAUAAACCUUAGAAUUCCUUGGAUGUGAGAUGGAUCUUUGCUCUUUGUUUCAGUUUCAAACGGUAGUAAUAGCUUAAUAGUAGCAUGUGAUAUGCAACUUUAUAUACAUUCACUUGAGGUUGGAUGCUCAUUAUUUCCCGAUUUUGUACAGAAAACGUCAUAUGGAAUAAUUUUGUGUUUUAGUUUAUACUUGGU